GAGCAGUUUCUGAUUGCAUCGAGAUUUUUGACAGCUUCAAUUCAAUACAACAACAAAAGUUUGUUUACCUUUUUUCCUAACACGCGUUUUCUAUCAGUUUGCCGCAUCCUUUUCGCGGUGGCGGAAAACUUUGAAGUUUAUUAACAAAUAUAGUAUUGUAAAAACCCCUUUUUAUUAGAUAUUUUGUGCAUCAAGGACCCGUUUCCAGUUCUUACAUGAAACAAAAUCAACUACGAUGGUUCGAGUCAAACAUAGAUACAUAUUGGUGCAAAUACGAUGCAAUGAACGUCCAGCCAACGAACCGAUAGCUAUUUCGUCUUCUUCUCUGUACUGGUAUAUCAUGGACCAGGUGAAACGAUACUACGGAGAGUUCGGAUGCGCAAGCAUGUUGCGACUGAAUGUAAUAUAUUUUAAUGCCAAAACUCACCUUUGCAUCAUACAAUCGAGACAUGGCCCACACCGUUUUAUCACAAGUAUUCUACCUUUACUAACUGUCGCCGGCUCGGAAGUUGCUCGCUAUCGCACGCUCUAUGUUGGGGCUACCGUAAAGCAGUGUCAAAAAUUUAUCAUUAAAUACCAACAACGGUACAUUAACAAGACUAUCGGCGAAUAUAAAGGUGUGAUACAGAAACAAAAGCUGAUCGAGGAUGUUACGAAAAUGAAGAAAAUGUAGAAACAUUUAUGGUAAUCAAAUAUGUUUAUUAAGCUAGACGUUUGUGGCCCUGUACAAAAAGAAUAACAUGCAAUAAUGCAUGGAGUUUUAGCGACCAUGUCAUAAGUGUACGAUUGGCAAGAGCCUUGGAAGCGGAUGCAUGGAUGCAUAAAGUGAGGUCAGUUAAA